GCCCCAAAAUAUCUCUCCUUUGAAAAUCUAGGGUUUCCCAAAAUACGUAAACCUAGAUCCCUAUCGUACAAUAUCUUAAUUUUCUCUUAAAUUUAACUCUUGAGGGUUACGGUUUUCGUCGAUUCUCUUUACUUACUGUUUGAUUCUGGAGAAAAUUUGAUCUUGCUUUAGCUUUUUCUCGUCUUAUUUUGCUUGACGAAAGGUUUUCGUAUUUUUGGCUUUUAUUUUAAGUGGAAAAUUAUCCUAAUUUUUUUUUUUAAUUCUCGAGAAAGUUUUGGAGCUUAACGGAUUUUGCUGUCGUUGAUUCGGUUCAAUUUUCCAUUAUUAUUGUUUGGUUUCCGAGACAAUUUGGAGUUUGAGGGUUUGAAGAGUUGAGAGAAAUUAAAAUUUCUGUUUGGUUGCUAGAAAAUUUGUUCUUUUUGCUUUUUAAUUUAUUUAAGAAAUUAUAGCUUUUAUUGAAAUAUCAGUGAGCUAAUAGUUGAGUAAUGGCGACUACUACAACUGUGGCGGCAGAAGAAGCGGAGUCGGUGGAGGAUUACGAGAGCGAUCCAGAAGAAUUGAAACGCUCUCUUGUGAUGCGAAGAAGAGAAGCGAGCGAUGAUGAAGAGGAGAUAUUAGAAGAGAGGGGAAGAGGGAAAGGAAACACUCGUGGAAUGGAUCGUAGGGCCCACAUUCAUUCGGAUGAUGAAUCUGAUGGCCAGGGCGGGGCGCCUGCUGAUUAUGAUGAUGAAGAAGAAAAUCAGGAUGAGGAAUUAGAAGAGGAGGAUGUUUAUGAGGAGGAAGUUUAUGAUGAGGAAGAAGAAGAUGAGGAGAUUUCAGAGGAGGAAGUGAAAGAAGAGGAGGGGAAUGCUGGGGGAGUUAAAAUCAAGGAAAUGGAGAGCGGUGAUGGGGGAAGGAGUGUGGAAGGGACGGUGGACGUGAGUGUAGGGGAUAAUGAUAAUGAAAAGAAUGAUGGAGUGGAGGGUAUGGAGGAAGGGAAAAAAGAUAGUAAUGAGCCAUUUGCGGUUCCAACUGCUGGUGCUUUCUAUAUGCAUGAUGACCGAUUUAGGGAAAAUGUUGGUGGUCGACACAGGAGAACUCAUGGUGGGAGGAAAUUGUGGGAGUCCAAAGAUGAUAGAAAAUGGGGGCAUGACAAGUUUGAGGAGAUGACUUCACAGGAAAGGCAUUACGAUGAGGGAAGGAGGUCUUCUAGAGGCCGCUACCGAGGUCGUGGUAAAAAUCGUGGUCCAGAUCAUGGGUAUCCUAGGGGAAACAGGUCCAAAACGUUCAAUAACAACAAUAGCAAUCAGAACCAGGCACCUAAGGGUGUCAGAGGAAGGGGGCCCAGGAGGUAUGAACCUGGUUGGAAGAACAACAAUCAGGCACCUUCACAACAAAACAAACAGUCUGGGAAGCCUUUUGAGAAAAGUUCACAUACCAAUUCAGGUAGAGCUUUCACCUCCUCGUCAAAUGCAGAAUCUGAUCCCGUUCCUCCGAGGAAACAAGUAUCUAGUUUGAGUUCUGCGUCUCCACCAUUUUAUCCUUCAGGCUCUUCAAAUAAAGAUAUCAGUUUGACACAGAAAAGGGAUGUACAAUCUGGAAACACAAGUAGGAAUCUUCGUGCUUCUGGUAUGGAUGAGAGUUUCUCCAUGCAACCAAGUGCAAUGCAGCGAGGGAAAAAUGCAGCUGAUGUUAGAAUGGACAAACUUUAUAUUGAUGAUCCAAGUGCUUCGGCUGCUGGGAAUCCUUUGAACAAUCUGCAAAUGCUGCCUUCCUCUCAGUCUAGGUCUCAAGGACGUGGUUUAGCUACUCCACAGCAAAUUUCUUAUCAACUAGCCCCACCUCAGAACCAAACCAACCGAGUUUCCCCACCAACACAACUCAAUGCUGUUCAACGAAGUUUGAGUCAAAACCGUGUUCAGUCCUCUGUGCAAUCGCCUCCUCAGCAGGUAGGACAGCGUUCUGCUAGUGGUUCUCAGGCCUCCUCCCCACCAAAAUCAGCUUCAGUUGUAAAUUCAAAUGAUCAUAGUGAAGUGGAAUCACCAUCAGAAUCUAGUAAAUCAAAAGGUGCAUUGGUUGGAAAGGGAAAAGGCAGUCAAGGAAGGGGCUCACUUAUGUAUGGUGGGGCUCAAGUUAUGGGAGCCACUGGGAAUAUGACUGUUGGUCCUGGUGAUCAAAAUUUCCCCACCUUUUUGCCAGUUAUGCAAUUUGGGGGCCAGCAUCCUGGCGGUAUUGGAGUUCCUGCUGUUGGCAUGGCAUUUCCUGGUUAUGUUGCUCAGCCACAGCUUGGUUUGGGGAAUUCCGAAAUGACAUGGCUUCCAGUUCUGGCUGGUGCUGCAGGAGCUUUGGGUGCUUCAUAUUGUCCACCUUAUAUUGCUGUUGAUGGUUCUUAUCAUCCUCGCCAGUUAGGUCAGACAUCUUCGACUGGUUCCUCAAGCAAAGAAAUUACUUCUAACAAACCCAAUAAUGAAUGGAAGCCUUCCCUGAAACCAGAGCCUGGAAGUGAUGAAUUUGGGCAACAACAGAACAAACCUCAGCCUCGCAGAUACUCAGCUAUGAAUUUGGCGAAUGAUGUGCUUAGAUAGGAUGGAACCUAUUGAAUAAGCAGCUGAAGGUUAAAGUUUUGCUCAAUAAGACUUUUUACGCCGAUUCGGUGUUGCAAAGUUUCUUAGUGUGGUUAUUUGGUGGUGCAGGCCUUCUUCCAGGCCCUCUGUGAUCUCCAGCUUUUGUUCUGGAGCACUUUGGGCCGCUGUUUGUUCCAAUAUAAUUUAGGUAUUAUAUAUGACAAACACCUGUUCAUGCUGCGGUCAAUUUAAUAACAUUAUUGCGGCCUGACAGGUGGCAAAUCCUUGUUUAAAUUUGCGGUGUUUUUCUUUUUGUGGCUUGUUUUUUAUGUGAAGCUUGGAAGAAAUGUUGGAUAAGUCUUCUCCAAGAACUUCAUAUGAAAAAUAGAACCAAGAAUUAUUGUGCAGCAGGUCAUUCUCUUGGUGAAAUAGAAUUUUUUUCUAUAUAGAUGGAUGAUGUUUGAGUUUCGUAUCGAUGUUUAGUGACAUUCCCUUAAUAUUGGUUAUUUGUUGGUUGAUUGGUCUCUUAA